AGUCAUGUCACUGAAGACGAUGAGGGCAAGGGUCAUAUUGGCACGAACUCAUCGACCACAAACAAACCCUAGAAAUUGGUUUCAAUACACACAAAAUCAAAAUCGCCUCUUGACCAGAACUUCAAUUUCAUCGACACCGAUCACUCUUAACUCAGCUGAACUCUUCUCCAGCUCCUCCUCCACUUCACUUUUCACUACACUUUCAAUGGCGUCUAACGGUGGCGGAAGUGGAAGCACUGCCGAUGAUGGUUGUAAGGUUUUCAAAAUUUCUUCAUCAAGUAGUCUCAAAAUUCAAAGAGGUGAUAUCACAAAGUGGUCUGUCAAUGGUACUUCUGAUGCAAUUGUUAAUGCAGCAAAUGAAAGGAUGCUUGGAGGUGGGGGAGUUGAUGGAGCGAUACAUAGAGCUGCAGGACCGGAACUACGAGCAGCAUGUUAUACUGUUCCAGAGGUUCGUCCUGGAAUUCGCUGCCCAAAAGGAGAAGCCAGAAUUACUCCAGGAUUUAAGUUGCCCGUUUCACAUGUCAUUCACACUGUUGGUCCAAUUUAUGAUAUUGACAAUCACCCAGAAGUUACUCUAAGAAAUGCCUACAGAAACUGCAUAAAGCUUGCAAAAGAGAGCAACAUAGAUUAUAUUGCUUUUCCUGCCAUAUCUUGUGGUGUUUAUGGUUAUCCAUAUGAAGAAGCUGCUACAAUUGCCAUAUCCACUGUAAUGGAAUCAGAUGGCGACUUUAACGGGGUGCAUUUUGUUCUAUUUGAAGAUGACGUUUACAAUGCUUGGUUGGAGAAGGCAAAUGUAUUGCUUUAGUUGCUGGACACACCCAACAGUUUAUUAAGUUAGAUAGAGCUGUAGGAGUAAUGUUAUGUAAUGUGUGGUGAACCUUUGUACGACAUGAAAUUAGUUGAUUAAGGUAGACAGAUUUGUAGGAGUAAUGUCGAAAAUGCUACUUAUACACCAAAACUAUACCCCGCUUGCGUGUCAAAUUUUGGUUGGUCCAUUCCUUAAAAGGGACCCCUGUUUUUUCUGGUGGGGUUGGGUGGGGAAGCGAUGAACGGUGGAGAUUGCUGCCACAUUGGGGUGUAUCUAUCCGGUGCAUGAAUCCAGUAGAUAUGUAGCAGCUUCGGAGUAAUGUUAUGCAAUGUACAUAGGGGUGUAUCUAUCCGGUGUAUGAAUCCGGUAGAUUUGUAGGAGCUUCGGAGUAAUGUUAUGCAAUGUGCAGGUAACCUUUGUGCGGCAUGAAAUCAGUUGACUUUAACUAGUACAAAAUUUUCAUUAUCCGUUUCUUUCAUAUGUAACAAUUGGACCAGUUCCCAUCCUUUUUCAUAUAUAACAAUUGGACCAGUUCCCAU